AUGCCCAAAAAAUUUUCUUCACCUUAUGCUCAAACGUUUGAUAAUUUAACACGAAAUCUUAUCAGUGGGUUCAUUGCCCUUAUUUGCAUUUUAGGCCUUGUGGGAAAUGGAAGGACCAUUUAUCUCUUGGCCUUUUCCAUUAAGAGAAAUUCUUUCACCACCUACAUCCUGAAUCUCUCCAUCGCUGAUUUUGGGGUCCUCGCAUCCCUCAUUAUGGCAGAAAUAUUUGUGACCGUGUUAACUCUGAAUCAAAGAACAUAUGUGGUUGAUACCUUUUUCUUCUUAUUUUUUGAGCUCUUUUUCUUCACCUAUUCUGCUAGCCAGUUUCUGCUGAUGGCCAUCAGCCUGGACAGGUGUGUGGCUGUCCUCUUCCCACUCUGGCAUCGCUGCCAUCGUCCUCCAUAUUUGUCCACCUUGGUUUCUGGCCUCAUCUGGAUCCUCUCCUUCCUGCUCUCUGCGGUGCACUUCAUUCUCCACCAGACCAGAAACAAAAGAAGUUCACCUUUCCUUUAUCAGCUGAUUGUGAAUGGUUUACUUUGUACGCCUAUCAUGGUUGUAUCCACUGUGACCCUCUGGAUUCACAUGAGAUCUAAAUCACAACGCAAUCAAAGGAAGUUGCUCUCCACCAUCUUGCUGGCUCUCCUUUUCUUCCUUCUCUUUUCUUUCCCAAUGAAUGUCUUUUAUGUCAUUGAAUAUUUUGAUACCUAUAAUCUCCUCCUGAUGACCAUUGGGAUAGGAUGUGCCUCUCUCAACAGCAGCAUCAACCCCCUCCUUUAUUUCUUUGUUGGGAGGAAGCAGAGAGGAAAGGACCAGCCCAGAACAUCAUACAAGGUUGCUCUGCAAAGAGUCUUCAAGGAUGAGAAGGACAGUCCAGAAGAGCAGCAAACUACAAAGGAAGACCAGUUGUGAAGGGUCGUAAAUAUUGCAUAUACAAUAUUUGAAGCUACAGGUUUAUUUGGGACAUAAAAUAUGCUUUACUUAAGAAUAUACAGAAUGGAUACAAUUUACUGAGCAAAGUACUUAAAAACAAAGAUAUGUAAACUGAGAGUAUUGCUAUGUCCAUAUUUUUCAAUCCAACGAACUUGUUUAACAGGAAAUGUUUUAGCUGAUAUAGUCCCUUUUUAUUUCAUAAAAACUACUAUCAGGACUAAGUCUUACUGAAUGAAAGCUUAAAGUUGUGUAACUGAUUAUAUGUAUUAUUCUGUGUUACAUGUUAUUAUGAUGCUACCAUGGUACCACUAUAUAGAUAAUACAGAUGAUGUAG